AUGAAGGUGAUCGUUAAGUCGUUUGAUACCCGAGUCAUAGACACAAAUGACUGUCCAACUGCUGCAGAUCUAAAGAUUUUACUAGCAAACAAAGACAAUUUGCCACUGGAUAACUUGCAGUUAUACAACUGUGGAUCAUUAAUUAGUGAUUCUCAAUCUUUGGUAUCUCUGUCGAGUGACGCAACUGUCGAUGUCGUUGUUCCGGCAUUAGGAGGUAAGGUACACGGAUCACUUGCGCGUGCUGGUAAAGUUCGUGGGCAAACCCCGAAGGUUGAAAAACAAGAAAAACGGAAGUCUCCACGAGCAGUUGUACAACAACCUGGUGGCAGAAGAAGAGGCCCGAAUUCUAAUGAUAAAUGA